AUGGCUGACAUUCUCGCUGAGCUUCGAAAAAUACCGCCAGUGACGCGCUUUCUAGUUAGCUCGUCUCUCGGCGUCACCCUCUCAGCCAUCAUGAAUCUCGUCUCGCCAUACAGACUGAUUUUCAUAUCCCAAGCUGUUAUUAGCAAGUGGGAGGUCUGGAGAUUGUACACCAGUUUAUUCCUCGGAAGUAUGAACCUGAAUUAUAUUUUUGAAAUGGUCAUGCUCUAUCGCAACUCGAACACUCUUGAGUCAACUCACUACGAGCGCCGUUCCUCUGAUUAUGCCUGGCAGCUCUUUCUUGCUAGCCUUGCUCUGAUCGGCAUCAACCGUCCACUCCAAUCAUACUCACAUAGCCGCGCCUUGUUUCACACUCUUACCUACUUGAUGUGUUCGCUAUCACCGCCAGGCGCGCUAACAAGCGUCAUGGGGCUCAUUACAAUCCCUGUCGCAUACUUCCCAUACGCACUCUUGGGCAUGGACCUCCUCAUGGGCGGGAAAACUGCCGCCGCGCAGGGAGUGAGCGGCAUGCUCGUUGGACACGCGUGGUGGUGGCUAAUCUGGGGGUCUGGCAUUGGCACGGGCGGUGUCGAGCAGGGGAUAUACGCGGGGUGGGGACGUGCUCCCGCGUGGCUGAAGAGCUGGUUUGGCGAGCGUGAAGAGCAUGGGCGUGCAGGGAGCAGGAGGGGUGGCGUACAGGCGUUUGCGCCGAGGCAGCGUGCUGAGGAGGCUGCUGCGUCGGGGCGGGUGACGGGACAUAGUUGGGGGUCUGGGACGAGAUUGGGGGACUCGUAG